AUGUCGGAGCUGGACUCCUUUGGCGCAGAGUUUGAAAAAUUCCUUUCUACAUGGGACUCGGACAGUUAUUUCUAUGAUGCUACAGGAUUAGCAGCACCUACUCCGGAGCCGGAUUCCUUGACUACAUGUACGCAACAACAUGAAUACGCUCUUCCACUGGAUCUGGACACUGCGUUCUACUUUGACACUACACAAACAUCAGCACUAACUGUAGAAGAGCCGGUCUCUUUCAUCUUCCAACAACAAUCACAACAACAGCAGCAGCAACAACUACCCCUUUUCGCUCCCUCAAGCAGUCCCUCCAACCCAUCAACCCCAUCCACCCCCCAAAGCAAACCUCGACGCAAAUACACAUCCCGCCGCAGGAUUCGACGCCCACCACUCCCCAUCCAGCCCAGACGAGCCCAACGCCCCGAGAAGAAAUUCCCUUGCACUUGGCCCGCUGGAUGUACUCACGCGCCCUUCACAUGCCCUCAUAAUGUCGCGCAGCACAUCCGAGAGGUGCACACGCAUGAACGACCUUUUGAGUGCGAACGCUGUCGAGCGGCUGGUGGGAAAAUGAGGGCUUUUGCGAGACCGUGGACGCUGUAUAGACAUUUACGCGAUGUUCAUGGUAUUGUUGACGAUGAGGGCGGGAGGAUGGAGUUGGAGGGAUCAAGUACCUAG